UAGCGGCUUCACAGACGGUCCUCCUCCCUGUGCGGGGAGCUGUGAUGGAGAAGGCGCUAGGGGGCCGCUAACUCUGAGAGCCGGGGCGGUGCUUGUAACCACAGAGACCCACAACCAACGGCUUCCCAUACACACACGGCACCGGGGCUCAGCUGGCGGGAUAGAAGCAGCUGGCGGAAUUGCCGCAAGAUGGGGGAGGAACUGGAUCAAUUCAUUGAAGAACAAAAGGCCAAACUUGCACUGGAUAAAGCAGAAUUGGAUAAGGAUCCACCUUAUAUGGAAAUAAGGAGUAAAAGGUCUGAGACUUCUGAGCAACCACAUAUCACACUUGCUAAGGAAAAUAUCCCACCAAACAGACAAGGUGCUCCAAAAAAGCAAUCAGGAGACUAUGAAUUAAGCCUCCCUCUUGGAGAAGAUUACGAGAGGAAGAAACUUAGACUUAAAGAAGAAUUGCGUCAGGAUUACAGACGUUACCUCAGUCAGGGUAAUGGUCAGACCAAACGGAAGAAGCAUUUGAGAACAACAGGGGAAAUUGAUCCUUUUACUCAGGGAAUGUCUCUUCCAAUCGGAGAAAGACUUUCUGCAAAGGAACGACUCCGACUUGAGCGCAACAAAGAGUACAAUCAAUUUCUUAGAAUGAAGGACGUGGAACAUGACCAGUUGAUAUUGGCAGCAGCACAAGACCCACGGAUUGACAGAGUGGCUUCUGUAAACCGAGUUAAUCCAGACCCACACCCUUCACUACAGCUAUCCCACAGAGAUCCAGAGCUUUCAAAAAAAGAUGCUUACACAUCAAUGGAGGCUUAUGAACAACUUCUGAACAAGAGAAGAUCUGAAGAGGACAGACAUCGCAGGGUAAAAGUUCAAGUUCAAACACAAGAGCAACAUAACAGAAGAGCAGAGGAGGAAUUAGCUAUGCAGAAUAGAGUGUCUGGAAGAAGAGACAGAGACCUGGAGAUGUUGGAUAGACCUCAUCAUAUUGCUGCUAAUGUUGAGUAUGAAAGAAGGCCUCUCAGAUUCAGCCUGGCUCCUGCUCCUGAAGACUCUUACAGUAGAUUCAAAUAUGAAAUAGAUGCGCAAGACAGAAGGCACAAUCCACAUAACAAUCCUUCUGAAAGAUUGCUGUCACGCCGCCACAUUGAAGAUAGCUAUGAAUACCACCCAGAGCAAGCCUCUUAUUAUCAUGUUCAAAAAAACAACAAAUCUUACAAAGAAAUGAGAGAACCAGAACCCCCCAUAGACUACGAAGAUGAUUUUAGAGAACCAAGAAGUCAAAGACCAGUCACAUCCAUUGCAAAGGCCAGAGUGAAAACUGAGAACAACACAGUUCAGAACAUUGAGCGUUCAAAAUCAGCAAAAAUUAAAGAGGAAAACUUUUCAACUGGUCUUUUUUUGGGUGGUUCAGAUAAAGAUGAAACCCAACAGAGAAGAAAGGAACGUUACCGGCAAGAGUUGAUGGAGCAGAUGGCUGAGCAGCAAAGGAACAAGAGACGAGAAAAGGAGCUUGAACUUAAAGUUGCAGCAUCAGGAGCAAUAGAUCCAGAGAAACAGCCAGACAGAUUACGCCAGUUUGGGGCAAUAAAUCGUCAUCAAGAAUUGGCGGAUCGAAAUGUCCCUUACCGUCCUGGUGCUGUCCUUGAACAUGAGAAGACAGGAAGGAGAAGUGAUCCAAAGCCUGCACUGGAGGAGAGAGUUCCUCCCGAACGACCCAGAGUAGCUUUUCAAACCCCUGUUCCAGAAGUAGCUGACAGCAGAAGUAACAUUUCUGGAGUUCCAGCCCUGCCAAAUGAAGAAUAUCACAGGGGACUUGCUAGUACAUUUGGUGAUAUAGUUGCUCCCAGAAUUGCUGCUGUUCCUCCUCCUCAAGCACCAGUGUUGACGGAAAACUAUAGAACACCUUAUGAUGAUGCCUAUUACUUUUAUGGGGCCAGGAAUCCUUUAGAUCCAAGCAUUGCUUACUAUCCUCCAGGUGCUGUGGGCCUCCAGCCUGUACAAGGAGUCAGCAUACCUGUCACGCAAAUCCUACAAAAUCAAUCAGAAGAUCAGUUUUAUGUUAAUAAGCAGGGUGCAGCUGGUGGAAGGGGAACUAGUUUAGGGUUUCUACCUGAAGAAAAACCAAGACAGUCCAAAGCAGCAGCUAUGUCUUACCAAGAAGAGCUGGAACGACAGAUCCUGGAAAAGAAUGAAAAACGCAGAAAAGAGAAAGAAGAACAUGAGAGAUAUGAGGCUAAAUUGGAUGCAGAAAUGAGAAAUUACAAUCCCUGGGGUAAAGGAGGUGGAGGUGCCCCUCUUAAAGAUGCUAAAGGAAAUCUGAUAACGGACUUAAAAAAGAUGCACAAACAGAAUGAAGACGGGUACCAGAACCCAGAAGCAAGGCCCAUCGAAGACAAGCGAACUGUUGUUGCUGUUGAACAGAGCUUAGCUGAUAAUACAGGGACUGCAAGCAAAAUAUCUGAUGGCAGGGGGGAAUAUUAUGACAGAUUGUCAGACAGUAUGCAGAGACACUCAGGUUUUUCUUUUGCCAGUAACAACCCAUUUGCAAGAGGCAACGUGUUUUCUGAGCCUCCCUCAGAGCAGCAGGUACAUCAGCAGGAAUCUUAUAAGAACUUCCUACGCCUGCAGAUAGAGGAAAAGAGACAAAAGGAGGAGGAAGAGCGAGAACGAUUAAGACUUGAGGAAGAAAGAGAAGAAAGGAAGUUGGCUGAGCAGAGGGCUCUGAUUCAACGUGAAUAUGAAGAGGAACAAAAUAAGAAAAAGCUAAAGGAGGAAGAGAACCGACAAAAGAAUGAAGAACUGAUUCGUCUAGCAGAAGACAGACGAAAAGAAGCAGAGAGGAAACGUAAAGAGGAGGAAGAGAGGGAGGAGGAGGAGGAACGGCGGCGUUAUGAACUAGAAAGAGCAGCUAAAGUGUCAGAGGAACACAACAGGCCGCCAAGGCAACCAUCUCCAUUAAUACCAACCAUGCAGAACAAAGACUCACAGGUGCAAAGGCCACCUACUACUGAUGGCUAUGUAUCAAGCCGAACCCAUAAACGCGAUGAGCCCCAAUCAAGAAAUGUAUCUCCACCAGUUCCUGCUAGAAGAAACCAGCUGAGGCUCUAUGAUGAGAAAAAGAAUGUAAUAAGCGAGCUGUCAGAGUUGAAGAGGCAGCUUCGAAGUGAGCAGAAACGUCUAGAGGGUCAGUUGCACGAUGCUGAUAGAGAUGAUGUCUCAUCUGCCUCUAUGACUGGGAGGCGGAGGGAAAAACAUUCCAUGGAUGCCUUUGACCUUGCCAGGCAGAGAUUACAAGCUAAUGUGAGGAGACCCUCGUUAAAGGGAACUGAUGUCAUCAAUAUGCAGAAUAUAAGAGAAUUCAAUGACUUAAAGUACAGAGAUACAGAAACGCGAGAAGGCGUGCGUCAUAUGUAUCCUGAUCCCCCAAAAGAUGACCAGACCUUAGAGAUUCAGCAACAAGCCUUGCUUAGAGAGCAACAAAGGAACCUGAACCGGAUGAAGAGGAGAACAAUAAUGCCAGAUUUUGAAACAGCUCCUGCUCCUGCUUACAGUCUGCGCCACAAUGGGAUGUUUAGGGAUCCUUCUCAAGACCUCAUGAAAACCUCCCUUUUGGAAUCUGAGAGUGCCUUUAUAGGAGAAAAUGGAGAACCAUUCGCUUUUUUCAUGGAUCCAUCUGCAGAUUCCCAUCAAGUACCAUCAGCAAGAGAAAGGAGGAGGCAUAAGAACAAACCAUUGGAUUUAGAUAAUGAUAUUCCUAUGGUGCCCCCCAUUCCUUUGCAUCAGCCCGACCGGCUCUCACUGCACUCCGGCUCCAGCGUUAAUGUGGAUGAACUGAGGGCCCGAAAUGAGGAGCGACUGAGGCGACUGAGUAACUUCCGGAAGAGCUCACCGAGCAGAGACAAUGAGGCCUUAGGAGACGACGAGGACAUUCUGAGAUAUUAUCCUGCAAAGUCAAGUGCCAGACCUCAUUCCGUGGACACCGUGGCCACCGAGCCCUGGCUGCGCCCCGGGACAUCAGAGACACUUAAGAGAUUUAUGGCCGGCCAGGACAAAGCGUUCAAUGACGGCGCCUUUAACUUGAACUUGCAGGGCCUUUCCACUGCGCACGGGUAACUGAGCCAACGGCGCCUCCAGCAGCGCAGACAAUGUCACGCACUGACGCACUUUCCCCGCUUUCCUCAUUAAAAAGGGUUUGUAAUAGAAAGAAGUGUAUAAGCACAGAGAUGUAUUUUUGAGAGUUUUUCUUAGAGAAAUAGAAUUAUAAACUACUGAUUUGAGCUUGUUGUGGUUUUCCAGAGAUGAAUGUGUUGUGCUGAGCCAUUUGUACUGAUUAUUAUUAUUAUUGGCGUACUGUAUCGCCGCUGUAGGAUGGUACUAGUCACUCCACGCUUUGCCAUAGAAUAGACUCCAGGGGCAAAGCAUAAUGGGAAAAUCCACGUCAUGUUUACAGUGUUGCCCAAGGACAGCAUUAAUGAUUAAAUGUUCCUAUACAGCAAUGCCUUAUUUAGUUCCUAAUGAGCAAACAACGGGUUCUUUAUCAUUUAGAUUCACAUUCCAGAAAAUGUCGUUGAAUUUAAUAAAGAAGACGCGCUCCUAGACACAACUCCUGUUAUUUAUCCUCAGUUCUGACUCAGUACACAAAGUUCCUAACCUGAGACAUUGAAUUAGUUCCCCUAGUUUUACUUACACUUCCCAGCAUUCUCCUGUCGGAUCCCUCUGGCUGAAUGCUGGAAAGGCUAUAGGUACUACUCCAGAGCUGCAGGGCACCAUACAGGGCAUCCCUACUCAAAAGCAGCCAAAUUGGGUAUGGCCUUCUGGCUGACCUAUCAGUACUGCUGUAUGUGGCUACGUGUCUCCAAACUGUAUCAACUGGGAAUAGCCGUGUGUGUGGGAUCUUUAGUUCAGGGUGUCGGGGUACGGGACUAAUGACCAGUGAAAUCUGCCCAACCUUAUAGUGAGAAUGUGUGAGACUGCCCCUGGCACUAGCACACACUCUCCCCUCUCUUUAGAUUAGAAUUCUUCCUUAAUGAUCUGACAGUUUGUAUUUUUAUUUAUGUGUUUUAUUAUGUGUUUGUUUAAUUUUAUUAUAAUAUCUGACGUUUUAUUAUUUAAUAGCAAAUAUUCCAGGAGCUUGUCAAUAAAAUGUAUAUUUUGUUACCAUGAA